ACGGCCCAAAGUUGGGUGGGUGCGGCGGGCACUUCCGGGUGAGACGGCGCGCAUUUCCGGCCAAGAUGGCGGCGUCCAGCGGAGUCAGGUGCGGGCGACUUUGUCUUUAGGAGCCGGCGGUUCGGGGAUCCGGAGAGACCCUCAGGAGUCGACCAGUCAGGACGCCAGAGCGGCCUCCACGGUGACCAUCUUUUCCCUGUAACACCUUCUUUCUUCACGAACGACCAUGGCGGACGAAGGCUCAAGGGGCAGCCGCCUCCCCCUGGCACUGCCCCCGGCCUCCCAGGGAUGCUCCUCAGGGGGCGGCGGCGGCGGCUCCUCAUCCUCAGCGGGGGGCUCAGGCAAUCCCAGGCCCCCACGCAACCUCCAAGGCCUGCUGCAGAUGGCCAUCACUGCGGGCUCCGAGGAGCCAGACCCUCCUCCAGAACCCAUGAGUGAGGAGAGGCGUCAGUGGCUGCAGGAGGCCAUGUCAGCUGCUUUCCGGGGCCAGCGGGAGGAGGUGGAGCAGAUGAAGAGCUGUCUCAGGGUUCUGGCCCAGCCCACGGCGCCCGCAGGAGGUGAGGCGGAGCAGGCGGCGGACCAGCAAGAGCGCGAGGGGGCCCUGGAGCUGCUGGCCGACCUGUGUGAGAACAUGGACAAUGCCGCAGACUUCUGCCAGCUGUCAGGCAUGCAUCUGCUGGUGGGCCAGUACCUGGAGGCAGGGGCUGCGGGGUUGCGGUGGCGGGCGGCGCAACUCAUCGGCACAUGCAGCCAGAACGUGGCGGCCAUCCAGGAGCAGGUGCUGGGCCUUGGCGCCCUGCGCAAGCUGCUGCGGCUGCUGGACCGUGACUCCUGCGACACGGUGCGCGUCAAGGCGCUCUUCGCCAUCUCCUGCCUUGUCCGAGAGCAAGAGGCUGGGCUGCUGCAGUUCCUCCGCCUGGAUGGCUUCUCUGUGUUGAUGCGGGCCAUGCAACAGCAGGUGCAGAAGCUCAAGGUCAAGUCGGCAUUCCUGUUGCAGAACCUGCUGGUGGGCCACCCCGAGCACAAAGGGACCCUGUGCUCCAUGGGGAUGGUCCAGCAGCUGGUGGCCCUCGUGCGGACGGAACACAGCCCCUUCCACGAGCACGUACUUGGAGCCCUGUGCAGCCUGGUGACAGACUUCCCGCAGGGCGUGCGCGAGUGCCGGGAGCCCCAGCUGGGCCUGGAGGAGCUGCUCCGCCACCGCUGCCAGCUACUGCAGCAGCACGAGGAGUACCAGGAGGAGCUGGAGUUCUGUGAAAAGCUGCUACAGACCUGUUUCUCCAGCCCGACGGACGACAGCAUGGACCGGUGAAGCCGGGUGCCUCCUCACCCCCUUUCCGUAGGAACCCUAGGUCUCCCGCCUCCCUCCCCGCCCACGAGGCCCUCUCCCAAGGGAUCGCAGGGCCUUGUCGGGUCUAGACCCGGGGUGUGCCAGCCGUCUCUGCGCAGCUCCCUGGAGGGGGUGCCGAGCAAGGUAGCAGCUCCUCCGACCCCACCUGCCAUGCUCACUCUCAUCCCCUUCUCUUGUCCACACUGCUCUUCUAAUAAAGGUGUUUCUCCCCUUCCUCUUCCUCCUUCACUGCUGCCUUUGUCGCCUCUGGAGGGUACAUGGGGGAGGGAAGGAGGGGCACGAACUUGGGGGACUGGGGAGCCCCUGGAGGAAUAAUAAAAGUGCUGCUCUUUAUCA